UCUCGGUCCUCUUCUGCUGUCAUCAUGCCGACGUCCAGGCCCGGUUCGGAGCCGGUGGAGUUCUGGGUGGACGGGUCGAGGCGAGACGGGACGGUGGAGGACUUCUACACGCUGAGCGCCGAGCUGGGCAGAGGAGCGACGUCUGUCGUGUACCGCUGUGAGGAGAAACAGACCCAGAAACCCUAUGCUGUCAAAGUCCUCAAGAAAACGAUCGACAAGAAAAUCGUGCGCACUGAGAUUGGUGUCCUGCUGCGUCUUUCCCACCCAAACAUUAUCCAGCUGAAGGAAAUCUUUGAGACGGACACUGACAUCGCUCUGGUGCUGGAGCUGGUGACUGGAGGAGAGCUGUUUGACAGGAUUGUGGAGCGCGGUUACUACAGCGAGAGAGACGCCGCUCACGUCAUCAAACAGAUCCUGGAGGCUGUGGCGUAUUUACAUGAGAACGGUGUUGUGCAUCGUGACCUCAAACCUGAGAACCUCCUGUACGCUGACCUGUCGCUGGACGCUCCGCUUAAGAUAGCUGACUUUGGUCUCUCCAAAAUCAUUGACGAUCAGGUGACCAUGAAGACUGUAUGCGGUACUCCAGGGUACUGUGCUCCUGAGAUCCUGCGGGGAAAUGCCUACGGCCCCGAAGUGGACAUGUGGUCGGUGGGCGUCAUCCUCUACAUCCUACUCUGUGGCUUUGAGCCCUUCUUUGACCCGAGAGGAGAUCAGUACAUGUACAGCCGCAUCCUCAACUGCGACUAUGAGUUUGUGUCUCCCUGGUGGGACGAGGUCUCCCUCAAUGCCAAGGAUCUGGUCAGUAAGCUGAUCGUUCUCGACCCUCACAAGCGUCUCAGUGUGCGGGAGGCCCUGCAGCACCCCUGGGUGCUGGGUAAAGCUGCCCGGUUCUCCCACAUGGACACCACCCAGAGAAAGCUGCAGGAGUUCAACGCUCGACGCAAACUUAAGGCUGCCAUGAAGGCCGUCGUGGCCACCAGUCGGAUGCAUGAGGGCUCGCGGCGACGCACUGACAGCUGUGAGAUUCCAGGUUCAGGGACUUCCCGGCAGAGCAGCAUGCAGCAAGACCCCCCUCCGGAGUCCAAAGGCCCCGCUGCUGCUGACAAUCAGGAUCCGUCCUCAGACCAGCAGGUGCCGCAGGAAGUUGAAUCGAAGUCUGCUGACCAAAGUGCCCUCAGUCCCUCCCCUCCACGCAGCCCAAAACCGCCAAGCUCUGAUGCCACACCCACAGGCCCCGCCCCCACCAGACCACCGCUGCGUGCUGACGGGAUGCGACAGGCGUCCGUCAUCCCCAAAAGCAUGUUAGUUCAACCGCGGCUGCCGCAGAAGAGCUGCUCUGUUAUAGAGGCCACGCCUAGAGUGGAAGCCACGCCCCCAAGUCCCAACAGCCUCAGCAACGGCUUCACAACGGGGGCAGAGCCUGCCAGUAAGGCCGCCCACUGCCAGUGAUGGCUGUCUUACUUCCAGACAAGCAUCACACAUCUGAGCUCUUUACAAACAUCUAAACCAUCUUAUUGGGACCAAAUUACACCAGAACCAAAAGCAUCCAUAACACCCAGCUAACAUUUAAUCAGUAUCCUCUGUUCUGUAGUUCAGCUAACAGACUAACAUGCUAACAUGCUACUGACUCACUGAGGGUUUCUUGGAUGUUUCUGCAGCUUCUGGUUUGGAAGCUGGAAAUAAAUACAAAGCGUUUGUCUCAUAUCAGGACUUGCAUAUCUGUUGAUGUGGUGAGGAAAACAACACCGAGAUUCCUGUGUGCACAUGAAAGUAAUGUCUCAUUUAGAUAUAGAAACAUAAAAAUAACAAGUUUCAUCAAUCUUUUAUCAAAUAUGAAAUUAUUUACACAUUUUUCAAGACUAGUACAGACACGUUAAAGGGAAUUAGCAAUAUGCUAGCUGAAAGCUUGACAUCCAAAUUUUCUGCAGAAUUAUGGCACAAAAAAUCUCAGCGUUACAUAAACAAUUACAGUAUGGUUAACAGUUAAAAUUGUUAGCUAACAAUAUGGAUUAACAGUUGUAACUGUUAAUAAUUAAAAGUGAACAAAUGGCGAAGUACAGUACAGAGUGGGAGUCAGGAUGUUGUUAGCUUAGCUGAGCUAACGAGUAUAACUAGACUGAAACAAGGGAAACAGCUAGCAUGGCUCUGUCCAAAUUUUAAAGGAUUUUUAGAGAAUUUUGAGUGUUUAGAUCGAGGUUUUGUACAUGUUAAUUCAACGGUGGACAGAAACAUGCUUAAUGUAUUGCUACGGCCGCUGUCACCCAUAAUAUCCUUAGGUUCCAAUUUAUGCAAUGGUUUCCCCGUCAUAUUUCAUACAGUGCUCUGGAAUGAAUUGUUUGCAGGCCUGUUGUGACUGAUGGUUUGGCUUCUCGCUGCACCAAAGGCAUCAACAAAGUGAAGCUGAAAUCCAGCAUUCAGCCAACAACUGCACUCAAAUCAAAUCAAAUCAAGUUUGUUUAUUUAAAUAGUACAUUUUACAGCACCCACAGUUGACCAGAAUGUUGGUCAUGCUAUAAGACAGGCAACAACAAACAUAAUAAUGAUGUAAUAAUAAUAAUCAAGAUUAAAAAAAAAAAACUAAAAUAUUAAGACUUAAACAGUGUGCUGUUGGUAGAAUUGUCUGUGCUGCAGAGCAUCAGGACAUACAGGCAACACUGAUGCUGUAGUUUCAUUGGCUGAUGAAUUACAUGAAUAAAUUGCAAAUGAAAAAAGGCAAAUAAAAACAUCCUGGAGAAAAAAAUAUCAUGAAUCAAAUAUAUAAGGAUCAUAAUGCAUAGCAGUUUGGGUAUCAUUAGAUAAUCUGUAGUUUGUCUGUUUCUGUUCUUUAUUUCAAAACAAAAACUAGAAAAACUGUUUAAUGAAUAAAAAACCAAACACAAUUACAGAAUAUUCAGUGAUACCCAGACCAGCAGCCUUUCACAAAUGAAAAAAUCCUUCCAAUAUUCUUGUUUCAUUUAAGUAUAGACAGUUUUUCAGUAAACUUCUAUAAUUUUUAGGAGAAAUGAACAAGUAAAGAGCAGCUCUGUAGCUCACCGGUUGUUUAAUUUGUACAAGAACAGAAAUAUAACAAAAACUUACAGUAUUGGUCCGACUGAUUGCUGUUCAUCAAAAGAUAGCUCCUCCAUAAUCUCGGCUCUGACUUUUGUACAUUCUGACAGAUGUAUUUAGAGCUCCAUACUUAACACACAAACAUUAGACUGAAAUCUGAGUGUUUCUGAACAUGGUGAACUUUUCCUUUAAGUUCUGAUCUGGGACAAACACAGACUCUGGUCUCCUCUCUGGCUUCUUCUUCUUCCUGUCCUGAUACAAAAAGUGAACUUUUCUUCGGACGCUCAGGACGGAGCUGAUUGAUUGUAUUUUGUUAAACUUUGGUGAGGUGGCGCUCGGCUGCGUGGACAGAUGUGAAGGACAAGGAGUUUUUUCUGCUUCUUCUUCUGCAUCCCUUUUAGUCUUGGCAGCAUGUGCGCUUAGACGCUGAAGACUUUAACACUCCGAGAGGAGGAACAGGAGAUUUCUGGUUCUCGAGGAGUUUUUUAUCCUUUCUACUCUUUACUGUUGACACCCGCUGACUUGAUUACGCAGCUGUAUGAGUAGAUAGCGUAGCUCCAGUCUGUAGCGUUCAGGUAAGUAACUUGUUGUGUUUGUGAGCUUCUAGUAAAACGUUGUGUUGUUUACACUUUAUCAGCAGUGAUGAUGCUCUCCUGUUUGCACUGUACAUACAAUAGUUUGGUUUUAGACACGUUACUACUGACAUCUUUACUGCUCCACUCGACCGGAGACACAUUCAGUGUUCAAGCCCCCACAAAUACCAAAUUUAACCUUAGACCUUAUUUGGAAAUCAAACCCUUUCAUCUGAUCCGAAACCACACGUUCUACCUCUUUUUGUACAGGGGCUUCCAAAAUGAAUUAAAGUGACGCAUCUGGAAAGAAAUGAUGAGACAAGACAAGCAGAUGGAGCUGAUCCUGGUCAGAAAAACAUCAUAAAUUAGACGUUCAUACACAAAGAUAUGGUGGAAAAGAUGUUCCAAACCGGACAGCAGCUUGAGAAAACAGAAGUAAGCGGAGAUUUUCAUUCAAAAUGUUUCCAAUUUUAGACUUUAUUCAGUCGAUGAUUACAUAGUUGAAAAUAUACCAAUUCUACAACACAAAACUAAAUUAAACCAGUUGAAACUUAUUGAAACUAUUUUCACACUGCAAACAACAAAGCUGGAUCACAGAAACAUCUGGGAUUAAGACUAACACAGCUGGCCUUCACCAUUCAUAAUUUAUGAUAGAAUCGGCAUAAAUUCAGAGCUCACUGAGCAGCUACAGUAGCAUUUAAUAAAGUCUAAGUUUUCAAUCAACGCAUUUUAGGUUUAUCAUUGGGUUAACUCAUAGGCUGAAUAAAUACAGUCUUUGUAUUAUCAAAAUCAUCAGAAAAUAUUCUCAGCUUGCUGUGCUUUUUGUCCUGUCUUAGCCACCGUAUACAAUCCUGGAUUAUGAAGCAAAUAUUUGUCCUUUAAGGGCUUUUCUUUUUAAAGAGGAACCAAACCUCCAGACCCAGAGAGCUCCCAAAGCCCUGAAAAAUCUGCUGUCUUUAAAUGUUUGGUGCACAAGAAUAAAAAACAUCAUCUGUCAGGACUAAAGCCUGAAUCUGCUGGCCUCCCUUUAUCACACUCCUCCUCUAUUCGAAAUAAACAAAACAUGAGCCAACAGGAAAUAGCCAUACACUGCAACACAUCUUGUGUUGUUUUGCAUAUCUGUUCAAAAAUUACUAAAGCACUAAAUCCCACUGGCAAAAUAAUGAAUCCUUUUUAAUUCCUGCAGAUCCAAGUCCAAUGACUUCAUCAGUUAUAUCAUCAGAAAUUAUUGUUGUAAACAGCUCGAAAUUUAAUAUAAUAACAAGUAAUUGUUUAUUUUGAACCUGCUGGUUUUCAAUCAGACUUUCAUAGUUUGGAAAGUGUUAAUUAGUCUGGAGGUCCAACACACAUUUAAAACUAAACAUGUAAAUCAACCAAAAAAUAGAACAAAAGCAGCAAUAAAAUAAUCAGAUGUAUGUUUGAUUUCUCAGUGACUUCCUGAAAUAGAAGUCAGGUAGAACUUCCAUACAGAGCAGUUCUUGUAGUAUAAUUUCGUCAUAAAAUCAGUCACAGUCGAUGCAGCUUGACUCCAGUUAAUAGUUUGGUUCCUCUUUAAAUCUCCUGGUUAAAACAGAUGUGCCACAGCUGGAUUUACCUGAGCACAGGUGUUUAUAUCUUCUUGCCAAAUGGAACACACUGGAUAACUAGCUGUCAUGGUGAAAGCAUGUGACUGUACAUUUGAUUUGCAUCUAUACUCUUCUGUACAAACAUGAAUAUUUUCUUCUAUUUAUCUCAGCCUGACAAAGAUUUAAGUGUUGAGGUGGGCGGGAAUCAACUGUAAAUGUUUGUUUUGUGUUUGAUGAGUAAACUUGUAUCUUUUUUAAAUUCUGACAGACGACAUAUAAAGUGACAGUGUAGCAGUGUGGGCUGUUACACUGUUGUGUAUCUUUGCAUGUAUUAUUUAAAUUCCUUUGAUCAUAUCGGAUUAAAGAAGCAGAGAGUCUGAAUCCUGCGGGACUCUGAAUCUGGGUUCAGUCUAAUUGAACAUUUGCUACAGGAUGUUUGAAGCAAGACUUUGCAUCACAUGUUCAGUAAAGAAUAGCUGAUAGAAACCA